AAGUAAUACAUUUAUUAACACGCUACAAACCCUCUCCCAAACGCGUGUUCUUAAACCCCCAGCAAAACCAAAAAGAAAAUGGGGAAGAAGAAAAGAGCAGAAGCGGAAGCGGAAAACCACCAAGCAGCAAACAAGUUCGACCUUGUUAAUGGCGAUCCUCAAAGGAAGAUAAAAAAGAACAAAAAUAAAGAAAGAAAUGAGACAGUGAAAGAUGAGAACGAAACGAAAGAGACACCUACAGUGAGCAUAGCUGUCCCUGGUUCCAUCAUCAACAACGCUCAAUCUCUCGAACUGGCAACCCGAUUGGCUGGUCAGAUUGCUCGUGCCGCUACUAUAUUUCGAAUCGAUGAGCUGGUGGUGUUUGACUGUAAUAUUUCAGAGAAUGAGGAUCCCACUUUGAAGUCGAGCAAUAACUCUGAUGAGAAUGAAAGUGGUGCUGCUUUUCUCAUCAGGAUCUUGCGUUAUCUCGAGACUCCACAGUACUUAAGAAAAGCUCUUUUCCCAAAGCAUAAUAGCCUGAGAUUUGUGGGUCUCUUGCCUCCGCUUGAUGCUCCACACCAUUUGCGCAAGCAUGAAUGGGCUACAUUUAGAGAGGGAGUUACACUAAAUGGAAAGGCUCCGAACUUUGUGGGAACGCUAGUUGAUGUGGGUUUGAGUAAGAAUGUUGUUAUUGAUCAAGUACUUGAACCUGGCAUAAGAGUAACUGUAGCAAUGGGAACCAACCGCAAUUUGGAUGCUGAUUUACCACGCCAGGUUGUCUCGUUGUCCAAGCCCAGGGAGGAAGCUGGAAUGUACUGGGGAUAUAGAGUGCGGUAUGCUUCUAAUAUCAGUUCAGUGUUUAAUAACUGCCCCUACAAGGGUGGCUAUGAUCAUUUGAUUGGUACGUCGGAGCAUGGUGAGAUUAUUAACUCAUCAGAGCUUUUCUUACCAAAUUUCAGACAUUUAUUGAUUGCUUUCGGUGGGCUUGCGGGAUUGGAAGAAAGCAUUGAAGAAGACAGUAACUUAAAGGGCAAAAAAGUUCGAGAGGUUUUUGAUUCAUACUUGAACACCUGUCCUCAUCAAGGAAGUCGAACAAUUCGAACAGAGGAAGCAAUUUUCAUAUCACUUCAAUAUUUCCAAGAACCAAUCAACCGAGCACUGCAAAGAAUUCAAUGUUAAAAUUAGCCUGCAAUUGGCUAAAUUUAAUGGUCAUUCUGGCCUGGAUGCUCGCAGUCCUUGUCCAGGUGCAGUACGGGUGGCGAAGCAAUCAAUAUUCAUCAAAAGUAUGAAUAUUGGCCUGGCUUAAGCUGAAAAGUUGCAAAUUUUGCCUUUUAUAAUUUUUGACGUUUUUCCUUGAAAAUUUCAGUGGCCCAAUUCAUCCUCACCCUCUCGCUAAACUUUGAUUUUCUUGUCCAUACUAACUGCAAGGAUAACCUGUAAUAAAUAUAAGUUUGUUUUGUGGUGGAGCAGAAAAGAGAUUCAGAGGUAUUACUGCCCUCCUAUAUGACUUCUGUACUGUGUAUUGAACUGUUGCUCUUUUGUUUUACUCUGUAAGUCUGAAUGGGCCUUUUUCGUUGGAGGUUUUUUUUUUCUCUGUACUUCUGCUGUUAUUGAAGGGUUUUGUUUCACGGAGUA